CAGACGUCGACAGACGGCAGUAGCGUUCAGUAAGCUGUCGUAAGCUGCUGCUGUCAACACAACACGAAGAAGGACACUAGAAAAAAAAAUACAAAUUUUUAGAUUGUGAAGGCGUUUUAGCCCACGAGAAGAAUCCUACAUCGGACUUGACUCGUCUUCUCACAUGGCCAACCCUCUAAGAGGUGAGGUCAUUCGGCUGUACAAGAAUCUGCUGUAUCUGGGUCGUGAGUAUCCCAAGGGAUCCAGCUACUUCAGAGAGCGCCUAAAGUCUGCCUUCAUGAAGAAUAAAGAUGAGACCGAUCCAGAAAAGAUCCAAAAGCUCCUGAGCCGGGGGGAGUUUGUCAUCAAGGAGCUGGAGGCUCUGUAUUUCCUGAGGAAGUAUCGUGCCAUGAAGAAGAGGUAUUAUGAGCCUGAGCCGUAACAACACAGCGUGAGCCAGAUGUCCGUGUCCAUGUGGGAUUGUUUUAAUUGACAUAUAUACACUGGGCGAUUAGCUGUUGCCAUUCAGUCAGAUCCAAAUAUCAAAAAUAUGGUGCAAAAAAGAACUGAUUGAAUAAUUGUAGACAUAAAUGUAAUAUUUUUAUUGUGUAUAUUUGUAAAUACAGGUCAGAACCCCUGAAUUAUGAAUGUACAUUACACAGUUGUUGGCGAAAAAUGUCAUGUUCAACAUACAGAUCUUAAUAAAAUCAUGACAAAUAUUUACACGCGUCUUAUUAUCU